UCCUGACGUUAGCAAACAGGAAGUGCCCCGUGUUUUGGAGAGUGUUCUGGUCUCUGGGUCACUCGGGGGAAAACAGCGGUUUAGUUCCGGACGGAAUGAUUCGUCCCGGGUCUCUGUAAAGGACAGCGUUAGCAAUGUGCUAAACGAGUCUGUUAGCCGAUUAGCUAACUAGCACUGAGGUGUGCAGGCGCUCCGGCCUUACAGAGUCAGCAUGGGCGCAGAGAGCAGCGGGUUGAGGGGCUGCGUGCUUGAAGAGCCAUCAGUGACGCUGCCCUCGGGCCUCACCAUGUAUUCGGCUGUGCUGCAGGACAGAAGACCAGCCUCGGUGUUUGUAUACAAGCAGGGCAACGAAGACAAAGUCAACAAAGCUGCCAAGCACCUAAAAACUCUGAGGCACCCGAGUCUGCUCCGCUUCCUGUCGUGCUCGGUGCAGGAUGGAGGCAUCCACCUGGUGACGGAGCGAGUACAGCCUCUGGAGUUGCUGCUGGACAAUCUCACACCCGAAGAGAUCUGUGCAGGUGUCUACGAUCUGCUGCAGGCGCUUGUGUUCCUCCAUGACAGGGGAAAGUCCAGCCACAACAACGUGUGCAUGUCCUCAGUAUUCGUUAGUGACGAUGGACACUGGAAGCUUGGUGGAAUGGAAACUGUCUGCAAAUUUUCCGAAGCAACACCAGAGUUUCUCAUCAGUGUUCAGACAGUGAGGGAGAGCAGCGCUGUGCCUCCUGAGGAGAAGCUUGUUGGGUUCAAGACGCUUCCUGAAAAAUACGCCCACGCGCGGGACGCCUUCUCUUUCGGCAUCUUGGUCGAGGCCCUUAUCCCCUUGCUCGACAGUUACGUGUCAGGUGAGCUGCUGGAGAGUUUGAGGAGCACGCUGCAGGUCAGCCUGCUAACCUCUGACCCCACGCUCCGACCGGCCCUCAGCAGUCUACUGACUCAUGAAUUUUUUAGCAGGAAUGACUUCCUGGACAUCAUGAACUUUCUAAAGAGUUUGACUUUAAAAUCUGAGGAGGAAAAGCAUGAGUUUUUUAAAUUUCUACUGGACAGAGUUCACAGCCUCCCUGAAGGACUCAUUGGCACUCGUUUGGCUCCUAAACUGUUAAAUUCUCUUGUGUUUGCUGAAGCCACUGCUGUGAAAAGCUUCCUGCCGCAUCUUUUACAGCCCAAAAAGGAUUCACCUGGGGAUGAGUGCCUGCUAUCCACGCCUCUGUAUCGAAGACAUGUGGUGCCACAGCUCCUGAAGCUCUUUAAGGUGAAGGAGGAGCAUGUGCGGAUGGUGCUGCUCUCUCAUAUCCACGUCUACGCUGAGUUGUUCUCGCAUGACGAGCUCAAGAAUCAGAUUCUACCUCAGGUAUUGCUGGGAAUGAGAGACACAAAUGAUGCUCUGGUUGCCAUGACGCUGCAAAGCCUGGCAGUCUUGGUUCCGCUACUGGGAGCCCAGGUGGUGGUGGGUGGAGAGAGGACCAAAGUCUUCAAACGUACCACACCGAACUUCAGCAAGUCCGCAGAGGUCACGCCUGAAAACUCACCGGUUCACAUCGUUGAAGCAUCUCUGCCCCGGAGUUCGCAACCGUCCAGGGUUACAAGUCUGUUGCCUAAACGUCUGGAAGGCGGAGAGCUUGUUCUGGAGAAGCUGAACUCUCUGCAGUCAGGCAGAAGCCAUGCUACUGCCCAGCUGCCUUCUACGUCAAAGACGGUGCUGUGUGGAAAUAAAGCUCUUCCCUUGAAUGGCUUCAGCCAAGAGGAAAAGGGAGGCAAUGGCGGCAGACCAGACGAGGACUGGCCAGACUGGGAGGAUGCGGGGGAGAACCCUGGCAAAUACCAGCCUGUGCAAAUUAACAUACGGCCCGCAGACGGUGACUCAGAAUUACCAACCACCGCUACAUAUGAUGUUGAGGAAUGCUGGGAUGAUUUUGAAGAUUCUGAGGUCACCUCAAAACACUCAACUACUACACCUCAGCCAGUCUCGUUGUCAAAAUGUGACAGUGCCAUAGGACCAACAUCUGGACCCACACGAGAGUCUAAAGCACUCAAGCUGAGUACUGCCUUAGCAAAAACUGCUACUGAGCAGAAAAACAUGCCUUCAGAUACAGGCUGGGAACAGGUGGUUGAAGGUACCAGACCCGGCAAAGCAGGUCAAGGUACUGAAGCUAAACCUAAGAAUGGAUACAGGAGUGCAGGAGCUGGAGAACUAGGAGAAGAGUUCACCAUUGAGGUAAAAAAGAAACCAGAGAGAGAUCCAGAGCUGGACCUCUUCGCUGACAUGGAACCAGACAUUAAGCUGUCUUCUACCAGCAUGUUCUCACCUAUGGGGAGUUCAGACAGCAAGCUUGAAGGACGUCCAGCUGCACCAGUACCUCAGACUGAGCCAAACACUACACACUUAAACACAUUGGAUCUGACAGCCAAGUUUGCCGCAGUAGAUUUGACGGAGGCUGAUGCAGAGGGCUGGGGUGACAGUGACAUCACCUGGGACGACGAGAACACCUGGUCAUGAUCAUUCGAACGGUGAACCAAAGGCUGUGAACAGGAAGUCAUUUGCUGAAUUUGACAGCAUGUUUAGGCAGAUGACGGGCUUUGUAACACUACUGUAAGUCCAGAAGUGUAGCUUUAGUGUUACCAAGGUAAACAACACUGCAUUUAUGGAUCUUGUUAAUAUCCCACUUAAAACUGGAUUGUUAUACUCGGGGUUACCUUUUCCAGCACACGUCUUUUAAUUGUCCCAUGCUAUAACGGAAGCUUCGUGAGCCAUCAUGCUCGGUCACUCUUUAGGAUGCGAACAGCCUGAUAACUGGCAUGACAUAAUUUAUUGUAAAGUCUUAUUGAUAAAAAUAAAUCAGCCAUUAGAAAUAGUGCAUGAUAAGAACUGGGGUCGGAUAAUUGAGACUGGUCACUUCUGCAUAAGGAAUGAAAUUGUAAAUAAUAUGAAGCAUCAGUGUUUCAGUUUACUGGCUUCUCCUGGUCUUUUUUGAGAAGCUUGCGUAGCUUUUUUGCCAAAUCCUGACAGAAAUGUAGUUUCUAGCUACGAAGGCAUUUUCACUGGACGUCGAUGUGCAGCACUUCUCUUUAUGUUGUGGGGGUUUAAUUUGUGCCAUCAGUGGUUGAGCUUCAUUCUGCUUUUAUUACAAUAAGCCUUAUAGAAAAGCCAGUUUCAAUGUAAACAGGUGUGUGUGUGUGUAACAUAUUGUUUAUAUACAAUACCCACACACACUUUUGUUUCAUUGGUGGGGUUUUGCUGAAGUAAAAGAGAGAUUAUAAUUUAUUUGUAAUGUUGGAUGGUGAUGAAAUAAAAGUUUUAUUGUAUUUA